AAGGAGGGUGGGGACGUGAGGACAGAGGAGGCGGGCGGGGCCUGGCCUCCGAGGAGAGGCCGCGCCGCGGGCCUCCGCAUCAGUCUCUGCGCCUGCUUCCCCACCUCCUGCGCGCUCUCCGCUCGCUCAACCCUUGGCCCAGGUACCUCCGACGCCGCCAGAGCCGCCCGUCCGAGCGACCAGGAAUGUGAAGACCCCAGAAGUCCCAGGUGCUCAGCUGGCUAAGGCGUCUGGGAGAAGAUAGCAAGAGAUAUGGGUCUGAGCAAGGAAGAGAGUUGUACUCGGCGACCUCCCAUCAAGGGGCAGCCAGAACCCCCAGAACUGGCCAACCGAGUCAUCGCUAUUGUCUUCCUGGCCCUGCUUAUAGACUUACUUGGCUUCACUCUUAUCCUUCCCCUCUUGCCUUCCAUCUUGGACCACUAUGGCAGAUCCAGCGACCCUUUCUAUCAGUCCCUACAGCAGGGCGUUGACUGGUUUGCUACCACAGUUGGUGUGCCCCCUGAGAGGAAAUACAACAGCGUCCUGUUUGGAGGUUUGAUUGGCUCCAUCUUUUCCAUCCUGCAGUUUUUCUCCUCGCCUCUCACUGGGGCAGCAUCGGAUUCCUUUGGGAGGCGGCCCUUAAUGCUGCUGACUUUGGUGGGGCUAAUCAUGUCCUAUGCAUUGUGGGCCCUCUCCAGAAGCUUCAGAGCCUUUCUACUCUCCAGGGUAAUUGGAGGAAUCAGCAAAGGCAAUGUUAGCCUUUCCACAGCUGUCAUUGCAGACCUGAGCUCACCCCAGGCUCGGAGCAAGGGAAUGGCCAUGAUCGGGGUUGCCUUUUCUCUGGGCUUCACCAUAGGCCCGAUGAUUGGGGCUUACCUAGCAGCAGAGACAGGGAAAGGAGACGUCUUCUACUUUCACGCGGCCUUAUUGGCUCUGGUGUUUGCCAUCUCUGACCUGCUGUUCGUUUUCUGCUUCCUUCCGGAAACACUCCCCAGGGAAAAACGGGUUUCUUCUGUUCUAUCUGGGUUGCAGGCAGCCUCAGACUUGCUCAGCCCAGUUGCCUUAUUCCAGUUUUCGGCUGUCACCAGAGGGAAGGACUCCCCCUCUAGAGACAAACUCCAGAAUCUUAAGGUCCUGGGCCUUGUUUAUUUCCUCUAUCUCUUCCUGUUUUCCGGACUGGAGUAUACCUUGAGCUUCCUCACACACCAGCGCUUCCAAUUCAGCAGCAUGCAGCAGGGGCAGAUGUUUUUCUUUAUCGGGAUCACCAUGGCAGUCAUCCAAGGAGGCUAUGCGCGACGGAUCAAGCCAGGAUGUGAGAUUCAAGCCGUGAAGCGGGCCAUCUUACUCUUGAUCCCAGCAUUCUUGUUUAUCGGAUGGGCUUGGAAUGUGACGGUGCUAGGUGUGGGGCUGCUCCUGUAUUCCUUUGCGGCUGCCAUUGUGGUACCGUGUCUGUCGGCUGUGGUCUCUAGUUAUGGCUCAGCGGGUCAGAAAGGCACAAUAAUGGGUACACUGAGGAGCCUGGGAGCUCUGGCCAGGGCUGUAGGACCCAUUGUCUCAGCUACAGUGUACUGGCUGGCUGGGGUCCAUAUGUGCUUCACUAUAUGCUCAGUGAUGUUUCUUCUCCCCAUCAUCCUCCUUGGGAGUCUGAAGCAGCAAACCAAAGCCGAAUGACUGGUUCUCUCCUAAGUUGCCAGUGAUGCUUGGCCAUUUGUCAGAACUUUAGUCAUCAGAACCAACAUCUCGCUAUACCUGAAGGAAGCAUUUAAAGAGAAAUUUGGAGUACUGGCAUCAAUGACUCAGAAAUCUGCCAUGAAAUAGAUUGAUCCCAGCUGUUUCAAUUUUCCUCAUUGCUAAAGGAUUGUCUUCUUCAUAUGUCAUAUGGAUGGUAUAGGCUUGAUUUUGAUGAAAUUGAACAUCAGUGACAAAAACUGACCAUAGUCUGUAAUAUUGGGGAUUUAGAAGCAGUGAGGUUGAUAUAAACCAUUAAGUCAUUUAUAAUACUAUGCAUUUUGCUACUCA